AUCAAAAAGAUCCUUUCCCCUUAUGAUUAUAAAUAGUAAAGAAAAAGGUCCGUUCCAAUAUUCUCAAACUGCAAAAAAAAUAUCUCCAAAGUCAACCUAAUAUAAUUUCUAUUGUGUGUUGAAGUUUUUCUCCUCAAUUACAAACAUCUAUCUCUCUGCAAGCUACUUGUGUUGUGUCCCUUGAUCUCCUCCUCUCUCCUCACUAUCUAACGCGUGAAAAACUUCGGUCAUAGCUGGACUCAAGAACAUAUUGGAAUUGGAGAAUGACGACGGACGAUGCUUAUGGGCCUUAUCGGGCAGCCCUGAAGGAGGAUUGGGAUUACAUGAUGAACUUCUUCAAAAAAAAUCCUAAUGCCAUGUCAGUGCCUCUAUCUGCCGCCGGGGACACUGCAUUUCACUUGUCAGUUUUCAGCAAUGAUAAACAGCCAAUUAAAUAUUUACUUGGUAUUGCCAAAGAAAACCAUAUGACAAUGGAUGACGUUUUGGCAAAGAAUAAGUACGGAGACACAGCUCUUCAUGAGGCUGCUGCCAAUGGGAACCUUGAGGCGGUAAAGCUCUUGGUGGAAUACGAUAAGAAGCCCUCUAAUGAUGUUGAAAAUACAGAGUUCCUUAAGGAUAUUAAUGACGAAGGCGAAACCCCGCUGUUUAAAGCUGCUGCAUAUGGGAGAACAAAAGUGGUGAAGGUUUUAGCUUCUGAGCGAUUUGAACAACUUAUCAGAGGAACAGAUUAUGAAAUUACAGAAACAGGAGAAAUGAAAAGAGUAGGAGUUACACAACUGAAAGACAUUCACCGCCAAAAAAUAACCCAUAUCAAGGAAAAGACUAAACUGUCUACACCCCUAGAAGAAAAAACCAUAGAACUGCAAGGAGCUUCCAUUAUUCUGCACGUUGCAUCUAAACCUUCCAAACCGCUUACACCCCUAGAAGAAAAAACCAGCGAAGUGCCUGGAGCCUCCAUUCUGCACGUUGCCAUCCAAGGAGAGCAUUUUGAUACGGCUCUACUGUUACUGAAACUGGAUAAAGGCUUAGCAACAUUGAAGGACGAAAAUGGCAGGACCAGUCUUCACCUGCUAGCCACUAUGCCCUCUGCUUUUAAAAGUGGAUACCGAAUGGGCACAUGGAUCAGCAGAGUCUUCUACUUCUGCAUUCCGAUUGAUGAUCGUAUAAAUGAUGACGAUGAAAAGAUGAGUAUAAAUGAUGAUGAUGAAAAGAUGAGUAGGUUUAAUCUCUUCAAAGGCCUUCGUUUUGGUGAUGAUGUAGAUGACAAAGAACUUUGUUGUUUAAAUCUCUUUAAAGGGUGGUGGAUAUUGGGAAAAAUUUGUUCACCAGCGAGAGAAAUCUGCGAAGCAAAGAGAAAGCAUAAGCUUGCUUUGAAACUUGCCAAGAGCCUAAUAGAAGAAGAUGAUUCCUUGAUUACAGCACUCUGCCCAGAAAUUUCAUCACCUGAAGCACCGAUUGUAGAAGAUUCUAAGCCAAGCUCUUUAUUUAUGGCAACUGAAGGAGGAAUAAAGAAGAUUGUCAAAAAGAUACUUAAAUUUCGUCCCCAAUUAGUUGAGUGUGAGAAUAAUCUAAAGCAGAACAUAUUGCAUGUGGCUAUUAAGCACCGUCAAAAGAAAAUAUUCAAUCAUGUGAAAGGGAUUAAGAUACCAAUGACAAGGUUAGUCCGAGGAAUUGACAAAAAUGGCUACACCAUUUUACACCAUGCUGCAAACACGAGGGAUGACAGUACAGAAAUUCACCCUGCAGGACCUGUAUACCAACUGCAAGAAGAGCUAAAGUGGUACAAACGUGUAGAGAAGAUGGUGCCCCCCCACUACCUCAUGUUGCGUGAUUCAAAGGAUGACAAGACUUGCAAAGAACUCUUCAAUAUGAAGCACAAUAAACUACUCAAUGAAGCACAGAGAAAGGUAAAGGAGACUUCUCAGUCUUGCUUUGCAGUGGCUGUUCUCGCCGCCACUGUGGUGUUCACAGCUGUCUAUAAUGUACCUGGAGGUUCCAAUGAUAAUGGUUAUCCAGUUCUCCUCAACAACAAUUUAUUCCAGUUAUUCGAAUUGAUGGUCGUUGUUGCUUUUCUCUGCUCCUUGGCCUCAGUGGUAAUGUUCUUAUCAGUCUUCACUUCACCUAUUGGUUAUGAAGAAUUCCUUCACAUGCUCCCUGGAAAAUUGAGGAUAGGCUUCUCCUUACUCUUUGUUUCGUUUUGUACAACAACGAUUGCAUUCGCGGCAGCAUUCUUACUCACCUUACGUUUCCAAAAGCCACAUUGGACCUACACUUUCAUGUACACUACUACAUUUUUUUCGUUAAGCAUAUAUUCACUGACACAAUUCCCUAUGUAUUUUACAUUUAAGGUAACUGUGCUCAAGUUUUGCAAGUGGAUUAAGAAGGUUCGUCGUAGUAAUAUGGCUUAAGAAGCUGCUGGCGACCAAGUUUCAACAUAAGAAGAAUGAUGAUCAUGAGGCUGGACCCCUAGUAUGAGGGAUUUAUAUAAGUUGCUCGAAUUGGUAAAGGAGGCUGAUGUGUCACCAAUGUAAGAGGUUUAAUAAAAGCCUUAUAUAUUUAUUAAUUUUUGACUGAAUAUUUAUCAAUGGUGUGUGUGAGUGUGUCUUGUUGAUUCUAAGUGUUGUUGCUAAAUAACUUGAGAGAAUAAGGCUAUGUUUGGCUUAGUAUUUUUAUCCAUAUUCUGGAUCCUAUUUUCCAAAUAAUGUUUGGCACAUUAUUCCA